AACGACCCGCAACAUCUCUCCGGCCUCGUCCGCCGGAUCUUGUAUCAGUUCAUUGGCCCAAAUUGAGGGCCCGUCAUGCUUGUCGUGCAUACUCGAGUUUGUUCGUGUUCAUGUACAUGCACUUGCCCUUCUCCCCACGCUACGUUAUUCAUGCCGUCGGCUCUGCCUCACAAUUUACACCUUUACCUUUCAUCAUCACAUUGCAACUUGGUCUGCUAUUAUCUUGCCGCAACUUCACCCCUUAUCACCAUAUACGUAUCUACAUUUAUACAGAUUGAUCGACUUAUUUCCAAGUAGGUGCAUACUUUCUGCAAUCAUAUGUGCUCGAGGGCAGUAGUACUCCGCUUGCAUCUUGCUCGAGAAACUCGGCCCAGCAGUCUUCAGCAUAUGUUUGCAUGAAAAGUGGAUGACUUUUCCGUAGGCCACUUAAUUUGGAACAGAAAUCUGUUCCAGAUCCCAG